AUGUCCGCACAAGAAAACCUUCUUUUUACAUCAAAUCUCAUCUCCCCCGAAGUUCAAGCAACAUUACCCAAAGGUUAUACCAUUCGACCCUUAGCUAGUGACGACUAUGAACGCGGUUUCCUUGACGUGCUUUCUGUUCUAACUGUGAUAGGAAACAUUACCAAAGCGCAAUUUCUCGAACGGUUCUUUUACUUGAAAGCUCAUAACCAUGAAUAUUUUACUCUCGUGAUCGUUUCUCCCCAAAACCGUAUUGUCGGAGCUGGAACAAUAUUCGUUGAACGAAAGUUCAUAAGAAACACCGGACUGGUUGGACACAUUGAAGAUAUUGCUGUUGAUAAAAACCAACAAGGCAAAAAACUUGGUUUAAGAGUUAUUCAAGCUCUUAAAUACAUUGGAGCUAAAACUGGUUGCUACAAAGUCAUUUUGGAUUGUUCUGAAAAGAAUGUUCCUUUCUAUGAAAAAUGCGGAUUUCAGAGAAAAGAAGUUGAGAUGGCUUGGUAUUGUAAUGAAGGCCCUAUAAACGCUAAAUUAUAA